AUGUAAAAGUGUAAAAUUAUUCUGACUAAAAUAACCAUUUUGUAUAAUGUUGAAAGUGUUAUAUCAUUAUGCCCUUAUAGAGUAGAAGAAAAAAGGUAAUUUAUAUUUUUAUAACUACUCUAAUUUUCUAAUCAAAUUUAAGAUCUAGUUAGAUUAUGCAUUAACAAUAUAGUUAGAUUAAUAAAGGAUUUAAGAGUCUCCAAAAUUUAAAGGAUGGGGUAGACAAUAUUUUUGUUUCAAGGCUCAUACUUUGAAAUAUGCAAACGAUUAAAUUAGAUCUAAUUCAUUUUUAAUAGGAUACCUUCAAAUUUACAAUAUUAAGUACAAAAGAAUUGGUUAAGCCUAUUUUAUAUUACUAAUUUUGCAAUUUAUUAAAUAUUUUAUUACUUUUUUUUAAGAUAAGGAAUGAAAGAAAGAAUUAUAGAAAUGAAUGAAAGUCAUGAUAAAUUUACCUAAUGUUUAUUUUGUGAUGAUAAUACAACAAAUGUGACAUGUACUCAAUACUGCAUUAUGCAAUAAAUCAAUUUGAAACAAUAAUGUCUAAUAUGUAGAUAGAAUUGCCAAGUAUAAUAAUUAAUAUAAUUGUACGAUUAUAAUUGA